ACUUCUCCUCCCCCUCCUCUUAUCGCUGAAGUGGAGAUGGAAAGAACGGGGAUCAGAGCGCGGACGAAGGAUUAACAACUGAGUGAAAAUGGGGAAAGAUAAAGGCAAACAGACUGACACAGUGUGAACGAGAAAGUGAGGGGAAACGGAUACCAAAACGAGUGAAGGCGUUGAAUAGAUUAAAAAGUAUACCACAGAAGAAGCCACAAAGAUAGAGGGCUGAAUAGCUGUUUCUGGAGUUGGGUGGACCCUUUACGAGAAAGUGUCGACAUCAACCACCGCAGCUACCAUGUACAGUGGAUAUGGAGGGACUCCGUCCCGAACUCUGUCGACGAUGUCUCUGUCCAUUCGCCCAGUCAGACGCCUUACCUCCAGAUCCAUCACUAGGAGCCAGAGCUUUACUGGAGUCAAUACCCACAACAAACCUUACCGGAACCUUGUGGUGUUCAGCACUCCUGGUCUCAGCAGGAAGCCCAGCAGAGCAAGCAGAUUGUUUACUAUGUCGAUCAAGGCCAACCCCCCACCGAAGGUUCCUCAACCAGAGCGACUGGAUGAAGUGUAUGAAGCACUGAAGAAAGGCCUUCAGUCUUACCUGCAGGUUCAUCAGAUGGACUUGGACACACUUACCAGACAGAUAAAAGAAUCAAAGAGGAACUCUAGACUGGGUUUCCUGUAUGAGCUGGACAAGCAAGUAAAGGUGACUGAGAGGUACAUUAGAAAACUGGAGUUUCACCUCAGCAAGAUUGAGGAGUUUUAUGAGUCCUACUGCAUGCAGAGGAGACUCAGGGAUGGAGCCAACAAGAUGGUGAAAGCAUACACCGCUUCCUCAGGAAGUAAGGAGGCCAAGGAGAGUUUAGCAGAAGCCAGUAAAGGAUACAAGGAGUACACAGAGAACAUGUGUGUGUUGGAGAAUGACUUUGAGAACCAGCUGGGGAAGUUCCACAUAAAGAUGAAGGGUCUGGCAGGAUUUGCUAGAUUGUGUGCUGGUGACCAAUAUGAGAUCUUUAUGAAGUAUGGUCGGCAGCGGUGGAAGCUCCGGGGGCGAAUAGAGAUAAAUGCUAAACAAGUGUGGGACAGUGAAGAGAUUGUAUUUCAGCCACUCAUCAACGAGUUCCUGUCUGUGAAGGUGACAGAGCUAAAGAGCUUAGCCAAUCACGUGGUGGUGGGAAGUGUUUCCUGUGAAACAAAGGAUCUGUUUGCUGCGCUGCCCCAGAUGGUUGCUGUGGAUAUUAAUGACCUUGGGACUAUUAAGCUAAGCCUUGAGGUGACCUGGAAUCCGUUUGAUAAAGAUGACCAGGGAUCGGUUGCAAGCACUGUCAACAAACCACCAAGCAUCAAUAAGCGAAUCUCAGCCAUUUUUGACCAGACUCCACCUGACACACCACCUUUACGUAACAUGAUCCGCCUACAGGGAGAGUUGGAGAAUGGACCAGCAUGGUCUAAUUCUUCAGAAUCUUCUGAUGAUUCAACCAGCCCACAGCUGCCUGCACAUCCAAAGGCAGUAGUGGUGACACCAGACAUCCAGCCAGUUGGACAAAGGAGUUCCCUCCUUCAGCCUGAUGUUUCUUCUUGCUCCGGAAACUGGCCUUCCUCAGCUCAAAAGGAAGGUAUCAUCCUACCAAAACAACCAGCGGAGAGCAACAGGCAUGAGGAAAAGGGGACAGUCACUGUGAUAACAAAGCCUGACGGUGAGGAAGAAGCUGCAGGGAAACACUCCUCUAUGGCACCAGUGGAUGUGCCGAUAAUUACCAGCAGUAACUCUACAUUGUACUUACGCUCUCUGAGUCACAUUAGUGAAAACAGUGCUGAUGGGGUUGUGGUGCCUGUCAGUGAAUCGGGGGACGUGAUGUCUCUGGUCUCUGGAAUCUCAAUCAAUGACAUUGAAAUGGAGGUGGCCAGCAGAACUCCUGAGUCACCCACUUCUGCUGACACUGACACAGCUGUUGAUGUCACUGAUCCCCACCCAGUCAGGAAGCAACACAAUACAUCCACCUCUGUGGAUACAUCGGUCCCUCUGAGAGCAGGAGCAGACUCCAAUGUUGUAGAAAGUGGGGAUAUGACAUAUCUAGCUCUGCGGGUGCCAGUGGAGGAGGAUAUCCCAGCUUCAAGUUCCAACUGCCUGUCUGCUAAGGGCGAUGGUCCAGUGGACAGUGGACUAGAGGAUGCCUUGGUAGCUGUACUUUCCUCUAUAGAUGAUUAUAGAGGACCGUUUUCUGAGCUACAACUACUGGAACAAGAGCUGAAACUGCUGCAGGUUACACUGAAGGGUGGGAGGCACAGCCGGUCACCCAGUGUAGUCAGCCUCACAGUGGAAACAGCUCUUGGCAGCUUUGACUUCCUGAAUGGAUCAGACUGGGAGGAGGAAGAAGAGGAUGGUGAUAAGAGGAGUAGACAUGGCAGGUCUCUGCUGGACAGAGGCUGGGACAGCCCUUCCUCCUCCAACGUACCGCUAACCACAGGCUGCACCACUCUAGACUGCUGCCUGGUGGUCCAUUUGAGGAACUGCAAUGCACAGUUGUUGUGUCUGGGCAAGUUUGGUCCUCUGAGAUGUGGAGAGAUGUAUGCCUUGGACAGACUGCUGAGAGAGGCUCGUGUCCUCGAAAUCAUCCGACGCGUCACCAAAGAAAACCCACAGAAAAUCAGACCAGCUACUGAAGUUAUCCCGGCGCUAGGUCUGUGUCUGGGUGCUGUGUCGCUAUGGCAAGAAUGUGUGGGACAGGGUAGCAUGUACAGCGUCUCUGCUGAAAGGUUCCUGAAUACACUGUCGACAAUCUACGCUGGUUUACUGCCUGAAAGGGCCGAAGCAGUGUUCUUGUGCCUGGUUGAGCGUGUACUGGAUCAGAGGUUACCACGACGAGGAAGCAGCAGGGACAACAUGAUGGUGACGUUGUUCCAGCUGUGGAGCUACUUGGACUCGAAUGCUGUCAGUGAUAUGGACACACACAUCAUUGAACUGGCAAAAGAGGUAUGGUUGGUACAGAACCUGGCGUCAUCUGACCAGGAUGUGAUUGUCAAUGCUCUACGCCGCCCUGCAGAGUGCAGCCUGAGGAGAGAAGGAAUUCAUGCCGUGGCCAAAUUACUAAAAGAUCCUCGGGGCAAAGUGUCUGCCUCUGCCAGCUCUGUACUGAGAAGCCUCGCUGCUCAGCCCAGACAGAGAAAACAGGCUUUGGUCAGCUGUUUGGAGCUGCUGGAAGAUGAGAAUGUGGACAAUCGAGUGUGUGGAUGCAAAGCUUUAGCUUGUCUCAAGGCCAAAGAAAGCAUUGAUCAGUUGGUGUAUCUCUGCCGGGCAGACAAGGAAGAAGUACGAGAUGCUGCCAAACAAACACUGCUAGUGCUUGGUGAGGAAGGGAAGAUGGCCCAUAGACACGUGGAGACGUCUCAGGACAGCAUCUCAAGACUUUUUGCACCAGGAAGCAUGGCCAGCACAGCUUUUUAACACAACAUGCACACAGGCGGUUACAGCUGCUGAAAACAAAAAUUCAGUGACAACACUGGAGAGUAUAAUGUCAUUUUUGCAAUGCUUUGACAUGGUGUCACAGGAAUAUAGGGUAUACUGUCCUCUUCAGCUACGACUGUAGCUGAAAACAUAAAGAAAAAUGUGUUAAAUGCAGUAUAUAUCCUGUCAGAACAAAACUCAAAGGGACAAACUCCAACACUGGCUGCAAACAAGAAAUGCAUCAGACGUCUUAAUAAUGUAAAAUAUUCAUCUACAUCAUAAGUCAAAAGCUUUUCAGAGUCACCUUGUUUAUAAUUAUUUUCCUGGGUCCACAAAUGCGCAAAAUGUUAAAUCUUUAUACUGUUUACUUACUGCUACUACUAUUUCUUUGGAUGCUCUAGAAAGCUGUGGGUUUUUACCAAUGAUAUUACAGUCACUACACUAAGAGUCAUAUACCAGUGGGAGUUAGACUUCUGCUAUUACAUGAAAAUGUGUUUUCUUAACGGGCGCUGCUGUCUCCAGCCUAGCUUAAAGGCUGCUUGGACUAUCUCCCCACAUGUCACUGUCAAAGUAACUAUUUACUGUACUUCUACUUGCUUGCUACUGAAUAGAUCUGAAGCCAAGUCCAAA